CCCACUUUUUGCAGUUUUCAUAUUUCAAAUCAACCAAAGCAUAAGCUUGUACACUCAUUCUUUAUAAUAAACCAUUUUCUCCAACUCCUCAUGACCGAGAACUACCAUGUUCGUGACAUUCAAUUCUCAGUCCUCCCUCCUCUUUCUCAUCUCUCUCCCACUAUGUAUCUCCAUCAAAAUGACCUACUCAUUCACUCCAAACAUUCCGUGGCUAAAUUCUGUUGAGAGAAAUGACAACAACUUCAAAGGGCUAGAUACUGAGAGGGAUGUCGAUAGAGGCUUGAAUACAUGCGGCGUCGCGAAGAUCAAGAGAUAUUUCCAUUACUUCGGUUAUCUCCCGCUCCAAAACCCUAGUUUCGACGACCAGUUCGAUUUGGAGUUUCAACUAGCCAUCAUAAGAUAUCAAUCAAAACUCGGCCUCUCAAUCACGGGCAAGCUCGAUAUCAACACAAUGAAUCAAAUCCUUGAGCCCAGGUGCGGUGUCUCUGACUUCACCCAUGGUAAGCAUGUGACUAGACGCUAUGUACUGUUUCCCGGAAAACCUAGGUGGACCCGUCACAAGCCCAUCGUCCUCACCUACGCUUUCUCCCCCAACCAUUUCAUCGACUAUUUAACCUCAAACGAUGUCCGUCAUGUUUUUAAACGUGCCUUCGCACGGUGGGCAGCUGUCACUCCGGUGAGUUUUAGGGAAGCAAAUGAUUAUGGCUUCGCGGACAUCAAAAUAGGGUUUUAUAGCGGUGAUCACGGAGAUGGUCAGCCGUUCGAUGGGGUGCUCGGGAUUUUGGCCCAUUCGUUCUCGCCAGAGAGUGGGAAGCUACACCUCGACGCGGCGGAGAGGUGGGCAGUGGACUUCAUCUCCGAGGAAUCCAAGGUGGCGGUUGAUCUAGAAUCGGUCGCGGUGCACGAAAUUGGCCAUUUGCUAGGGCUAGCUCAUAGCUCGGUCAAGGAUGCUGUGAUGUAUCCAAGUUUGAAGCCCAGAGAGAAGAGGGUGGAUUUGAACAUUGAUGACAUAGAGGGAGUUCAAGCAUUAUAUGGAUCAAAUCAUAAAUUGAGGUUUGGAGCUUUAUUAAGAUCUGAAACUUCUGUGAGCUUGGGGGCCACCCUUCUAAGACCUAGUUGGAUUGGCUUCACUUCAUCUUUAUCUCUUUUAUUCAUGCAAUUGUGCAUCGAUUGCUUCCUAUUAUUCGUCUUGUGAUUUUUGUGUUUGUUUCUUGGUCUUUAUUUUUGUGUGAAUUAACCUAAAAAGACUUUCCAAGUCAUCAAGUGCUUUGGAAUGGAGUGAGCUGUGCUAGUUCUUUUUUCUCCUUUUGUAUUUCUCCCCUUCAGUUUUGGGAUUCUAUAAGGAUUGUUUUGAUGUAUUAGCAAAGAUAAAUUAAAUAUAAAACUAGAAGAAUAAUCGGUAGAGACAA